AUGAUGAAGAUGAUCGCUGCGGUGAUGUUGCUGAUGGUUGGACUGGUUACCAGCAGCAUGGUCUGUCCUGAUGGAAAUGAAUGUCCAGAUGACUACACCUGCUGCAAAACUCAGUCUGGUUAUGGAUGCUGCCCUGCGCCGGAUGUACUUGCAAAAGAGCCUGAGACUCUCGACUCUGCUGCUGUUGGCUCUGAGAGCGUCUCCGUGUCAGCGAUCCACUGUGACAGCUCCACUCUUUGCCCAGAUGGCACAACAUGCUGUAGGGAUCCUUUUGGAAAAUGGUACUGCUGUCCAUUUGCAAUGGGUCAGUGCUGUAGGGAUGGGCGCCACUGCUGUCGCCAUGGUUACCAUUGUGACUCAACAUCCAGACACUGUUUGUCAGGAGGUUUCCGUGUUCCUGCUUCCCCACAUCUGCCCUCCUGGAAGGUGAAGACCACUGAGGAUUAG